CUUUUGCAUCAAAAUCAGGUAGGAAGUUCGCAAAAUUAAGAAGAAUAAAGUACAGAGUGAUCUCAGAAUCUGAAAAACAAGAAUUUUGAAUGCAGUCGCAGAAGCACACGUCUAGAUGACAACGCGCGCCGCGUCGAGACGACACCAGAACACGCGUGUUGACAACAACGCAGAGCAGCCACAGAGCACUACCCGUGCGCCGGUCACGCGCGCUCGUUAGCAGGCUCGUUAGCCAUGUCGUCAGAGGGCUCCCUCCUACAGAGCUUGUUCAGCGACGACAUUGCAGAGAGCCUCGAGGCCUUGGACCAUGACUACAACAUGCAGGGCGCCUAUGACCAGGUCGGAAUACAGGCGGGCAGCAUGCAGCAGCAGCAGCCCAUGUCAGUCGGCAUGCAGAUGGCGCCACAGAAUGUCCCGAUGCAGCAGCAGCAGGUGGCGCCACCGCAGCAGCAGUACAUGCGCACGCCGCAGCAGCAGAUGGUCAUGGGCGCCGGUUACCCACAGCAACAGCAGCAGCCUGGCAUGGUGAUGCAGCAGCAGCCGGCCAUUGCCAUGGCGCCACGGAUGCCCGGCAACCAGCGCAUGAUGCGCGGCCCGAUGAUGCAGCAGCAGCAGGUGAUGAACGGGCCGCCGCGCGCGUUGGGUUACCCCCAGAUGGCGUCGGCGGCGGCAGCGGCGCGUCUGCCAAGCAGCACAUACGUGACUCCGCCGAAGCUCCACCACAUCGACCAGGAGGCCGUGUACAGUGCCCCGAAUGCGACGAGCGGCAGCGGCAGUGGCGCCCCUUGCCUGUCGAACGGCAUGCAGGCGGGCGGCGGCAGCGGCUACUGGUCGCAGGCGAGCGUCGUGGGCAGCCCGCAGCCGGCGUACGCGAUACAGGCGGCCCGCGUGGGCAGCCCGCAGCGCAUGGGCUCGCCCGGCCCGCACAUCGCCCCGCCGCAGCAGUGGCCGGCGGCGCCCCCUAACGGGCAGAUGCCGCAGCCGAGCAGCGCGGCGGGGCAGGCGGUGAGCGGAUACGCGCCGCAGUGCGACUACGCUCGCCCGGCAGUCAGCCAGCAGCAGUACCAGUACAUGCAGCAGCAGCAGCAGCAGGGUGCGGGCGGGGGAAUCUACGUCCAGUCGCCGCAGUCGAACCUGCUGCCGCCGCAGAUGGCGAGCCCUGGUGGCCGCAAUCGCACGCCGAGCGGACAGAUGUACGCCGCCGGCUCGCAGCAGCAGCAGCCGGCGUACGCUCCAGCCGGCCAGCUCGCCGCGUCCAACUCAGGUGUCUACCAGCCGAUGUCACCUAUGCAAAACCCGAAUACCUCACCGCACCACCAGCUGCAGCCGCAGUACUCGUCGCAGCAGCAGCGCGCCCCGCAGGGGUACCUGUCGCCGAAUCGGCCAUCGCCGGCGUCGCCGCUGCACCGUCCGACGCCGCCGCCGAUGACGACGCCGCCGCCGUGCGCCGCCGGCGGUCUCACGCCGCCCCCGCCAGCCGCCUACGCGCCCCACCCGCAGUCUCAGGGAGCGGCGGGGGCGGGCGGCGGGAGCCUGCAGCAGCUGGAGCAGAUGGUGGCGCCGGGCGGGGCGCGCGGCGCGGCUCCGAACCCGUUCCUGACGAUCGUGCAGCCGUCGUCCGCUCCGCCGCCGCCGACCGCCACCUAUACUCAAAUGAACGCCGCGAAGGUGGCGCCAGCGUUGACGGCCGGCGGUGGCGGCGGCGCGUCGCAGCUCACGACUCUCGUCAUUACGGUGACCCCCGGGAAGGGGGCGCCGGCUGCCGCAGCCACGCCGCCCGGGGGCGCCGACCUGCGGAACGUCAACCAGAACAUAGCGCGCGAGAUUCAGCAGUUGCGGCAGCAGAUACAGCAGCUGCGGGGCGCGACAACGCCCGACCAGCCGAAGAUCGAUGAGCUGUCGACGCGCGUGAAGACGCUAGCCGCCCAGCUGCAGCACAACCUGCAGCGACAGCAGCCAGGGGGCGCCGCCGCUGCAGCGCCGGCCGGCCAGGUUGAUGUUGAUUGUUGA